CUUUAAAGUAAUAUCAAACAUGGCCAAGAAGACUGCUAACACCAAGGUUGAAGCUGCUAACAAUCGCAAGGCUUCCUCAAGAGCUGAAAAGGAAGAGCAAAAGAGAGCUGAAAUGAGUGCAAAGGAAGACGCCAAGUGGGCUAAAGGAGCCAAGAAGAACGACAAGAAGGAACUUGAGGCUGAAAAGAAGGCUGCUUUAGCUCUCAAGAAGCAAGAGGCUCAAAGAAUUUUGGCUGAGGAAGAGAAGAAUCUUAACAAGCCCAAGGCUCCUAAGCCCAACUACAUGCCCAAGAAGACUUUGUUUACUACCGAGAAGAUUGUUUCCAAGAAAACCAUUCCUACUACUUUGUACGACGAAGAGCCUGUUGCUAGAAAGCCCAUCCUUACCGAAAAGGAUAUUGAGAAGCAUCCUGAACGUCGUUUCAAGAAUGCCUUAAAGGAGUAUGAAGAAAGAGAGAUCAAGAAUUUCAGAUCUCAAUAUCCUGGUCUUCGUUUGAGUCAACUCAAGGAGAUCAUGUACAAGGAGUUCCAAAAGUCUGCUGAUAAUCCAUUUAAUCAAACCAACGUCUUCUCUUACAACUCUACUCUUGCGGAAGUCAACCGUAAGCUUAGUAAGUAUUUAAUCUAUUUGACUAAUCCACAAUGUCUAACAUAUUUAAAUGAUAGAUGGUGAACCCGAGCCUACUCCAGAAGAAGAGGAGGAGGAAGAAGAAGAGGAAGAGAAAGAAGCCACUCCCGCUGAAAACGUGCCAGUCUCCAAGAAGACUGUCACCUCCUAUUGAAACCAAAGUUCUCUCAAUUCAACUUUUCCUCACUCGCUUUAUUCUUGUCAAAGAUAAAGCAGAGUUCGAGACGACGACUCAGGUUUCUAGAUUCUCCUUCAAGAACAGGUGCUUCCUCCAUUACUCGCUUUUUAACAAGUGGAUGCGAUCCCCCUCGAGGCAGGUUUAUUUCAUAUACAAAGAGUGAUUCUAAUUCAUGCCUCGGGGUAUCCCCCCCCCCCCAAUAUUAAAACUGAAAUAAAAAAAUAAAAAAGAUCUGAUAAGGAAUUUUGUAAAUUAAA